CUCUGUUUUCUCGCCUUUCUCUUUGAUGUUGCUGCCGCCAUUAGAGCACCUUAAUCAAGGUCCAAUUCGUCUCCAAAUUCGCUUCAGAAUUCAAUUCAAUUCUCGAAUACAUUCAUCUACUUGAUUAUUUCAAGAUCAGUAUUCUUUCGAGCAAUGGCAUCAGAAUUUCAUCAUAGUUCGUCCUCAUCAUUGACGGAAUCAAAUUCUGUUGUGGAUAAUGAACAAUAUGCAAGUUGUUCUAAUUCAAAUGUGGCUGUUACUCCUGAAGUAAUUCCUAUAUUAAGUCCAGGGGGAACGAGAGAAUGGAUUCCAUGUUGUUCUGAUGAGUUAAAACCUGUUGUAGGGAUGAAAUUUAUGAGUGUCGAAGAGGGUAUUUCAUUUUAUAAAGCAUAUUCAAAAGCUGCUGGUUUUGUGAUGAGGAAAUCUACUGCUACAAAAAGGAAGGCACUAGACGUUAUUGCUUUUCAGUAUUGUUUAUGCAACAAGGCUGGUUUCAAAGAAAAAGCAAUAGUUAAGGUUGGAGGCAUGCCAAAUGUUAAAAAAGGGGAAGGUAAUGAAGAUAAAGUACCUAUACCUCGAAGAAGGCUAGUUACUCGUGUUGGUUGCAAGGCUCGGAUGGUUAUGAAGUAUAAAAAUGAAGGUUUUUAUGUGGUGACUGAAUUCCGAGAGCCACAUGUUCAUGCUCUUUACACCCCGGGUUGUCUAAAAUUUCAGAAAGCGGGUAGGAAAAUGAAUAUUCUUCAUAAGAAGAUGAUUAUUGAUAAUUCGAAGGUGAACAUUGGUCCGGUUAAGACUUUUAGAUUGAUGAAGGAGUUAGUUGGAUCGUAUGAUAACGUUGGUGCAUCCAAGCAAGAUUUCAAAAAUUUUCAUAGAGAUUUGAAGGCUUACAUUGAAGGAUCGGAUGCCCAAAUGUUUGUGAAUAACUUUCAGAACAAGAAGUUGUUAUGGAGUGCAUUUUUCUUUGACUAUGAGGUGGAUGAAGACGAGCAACUUUGUAAAGCUUUUUGGGCAGAUCCAAUAUGUAGAAAGAAUUAUGCACUCUUUGGUGAUAUGGUUUCUUUUGACACCACAUUUCAAACAAAUAGGUAUAAUAUGAUAUUUGGCCCAUUUACUGGAGUUGAUCACCACAAGAAGUGUGUUACUUUUGGUGCUGCUUUAAUAGCCCAUGAGGACAUCGUGUCUUUUGAGUGGGUUUUUAGAACUUUCCUCAAGGCAAUGGGAGGUAAUGAGCCAGCUUGUUUGAUUACGGAUGAAGAUCCGGCAAUGAAAAUAGCUAUUCCUAAAGUGUUUCAGACCGCUGAGCAUAGGUUUUGUAUGUGGCAUAUAAUGAAAAAAAUGCCUGAGAAAGUCGGCCGUCAGAUUACGCAAGAUACCCUGUUUCUUAAUAAAAUUUGCAAAUGUGUUUGGAGUGAAGAGAUUGAGCCAACAGAAUUUGAAGAGAAAUGGGGAAAGGUUCUUGAUGAGUUCAAGCUUCAAGACCAUGAGUGGUUGAAGCAGUUAGAGUGA